AUGAGGACUCGCGGCGAGGCCACGGGUCCUGUACCCGCUGCAUCGGCAGCAACGACUCGCAAUCUGCGGCCGCGCCAAGCAUCCGGAGUUCGGUCUUCGCCGGCAGGUGUUACCAUUCCGAGAGCCGGUGGCCGGGUGACAAGGAGCUCGGCGGCGCUCACCCAAUCCGACUCUGCCAAUGCGGUUGCGGUGCCACAAGCUAUCACCCUGACCCCCCAGUUGCGCAAGCGAUUCCGAUUUUCAGGCGACAGCGCAGCUCAACGAGCGACAAAGCGGCCUCGUCAUUCCCAUCGCAGUCGGGGUUUUUACGAUGAAGAUAGCGAUAGCGGGGAUGAGCUCGACAACCCCUACAUCACCCCCGGUUCCGAUGUGGAGCAGGAAGCCAAUACCCGCCGACUGAGAGCCACCAAGUCCGCGACCCCCAAAAAGUCGGCCGAUCCAGUUCGGGUAACAAAGAGCCCGCGUCGGCUUGCUACUGUGAAGCAUCCAUCACCCAAAGACGCCCAGGUCGUGACUGAAAUUGAAGUCAUCCCAGACUGGGCCAGCCUGCCGUACCACGUCCUGGUCCAGAUCUUUCGAUAUGCCGCAUCGCCGCUCGCCGAGCUUCAGCAAGCAAGAUGGCUGGUCGCAGCAAGUGGUGUCUGCCGCGCAUUCGCAGAGCCAGCGCUUACCGCGCUUUACGAGACCCCUCCGUUGUUCAGUCGGUCGAUGGCUCACGGCCUAGUGUCGCUGCUGUCCAAAGACCCCUCCACCACCCUCUUCAACUACAGGCCGAAAGUCAAAGAGCUCUGGAUCGAUGUUGACGAGAUUGCCUCCAAGACGUACAAGGGUCAACCACUUGACCUCAGAAAUCUGAUUGGCAACCUCCCUCAGCUGAAGUCCGUCCAGUUCUCUCACCAUAAGGAUCUCCCGCCGUACCGGUCCUUGGACGGCAGCCUGCGUUGGCACUACCCUGUCUCCUUUUUCGAAGCCCUCAGCGGAAAUCGAAAUGCGGCCGAAGGGGCAAACAUUGCCGAUCAGACACAGCUCCAUGGGUGGCAGUGGAAUAGACGGCUGAUGGGUCCGGAUCUGAACCUCGCUGGUCUCAAGGCACUUCACCAAACGCCGCCCUUCCAGGGCCUGAAAAAGGUCUCGUUCGUCAAUUAUCAGGUGCCUUCGCUUCACGCGAAAGCAAGCGCCGAUGAAGCCGAGUUGGCUGCGAGGGACCUCGACUUCAUCCAAGGCCUGGCGAGCGCAAUCACCGUCCUGCCAGCCCUGGAGCAUCUCUCGAUUGAGUCCUCCACUGCAGCCAACGACCAGCUGCUUCCUCUGUUGCCCAAGACUCUCAAAACGCUCGAGCUUGUCAACUGCUGGGAUGUGAACGGGGAGGACUUUGCCGACUACCUUCUCGCGAGCGGACGCUAUCUGAAGAACCUAAUCCUGAGGCACAAUCAGUCCCUAAGCGCGUCGUUUUUGACGGUUUUGGGAACCGCUUGCCCGAACUUGCAAGUCCUGUCGAUCGAUUUCAAAACCUACAACCACCAUGAAUUCUAUCAUGACUCUGACCCGAGCUACGACCAGCUGCUCACUGCCGACCAAAUCCCAGACUGGCCAUCUAAUCUGGAGACGCUCCAGCUUCUGAACAUGAAGAAGUGGACGGCCGAGGCAGCUGAGACCCUUUUACAAUCUCUGGUUGACAAUGCGCCGAAGCUACUCAGACUUCGCCGGCUGGACCUGAAGGCCAUGUUGAGCAUCCCCAUUCAAGAGCGUUCGCGACUACGCAACAAGUGGGACCGCAAAUUACGGCACGUCUUCCUGCGCGCUAAGGAGGAUCCUCAGCCUCUGUUCUCCCUGCGAAACCCAUCACACAAAGCGCUUAACGGGGCAGUGAAGAACACCUCGAAUCAGUCACGCAAAACCGCCCGCGGCACUCUCCCCGCUGGGAGUCCGUCACGUCGCAGCGGCCGGAUUGCGGUGAAAAGUUCGAAUUCCUCAUCGCGCGCCAGUAGUGUCGGCCGAGACUUGAGGAGUCUCGGCCGCCCAUCAUAUGCCGAGCCUGAUACGGAUGAGGAUGAGAUUGACGACGAAGAGGAGGAGCAGGAGAAAGGAGAGGAGGCGGUACGCUCGAGCGAUGAGAGCCAACCUGCGUCGCCGACAGCUUUGGCGGCGCCCCCGAAGGAGACACCCUUUCGCCAUGGUAUGUGCGAGAAGGUCGAGAUCCAGCUCGAUAACCAGAAGUCAGCUGAGACGACGCUCACCAUGGACGAUUUCCUGGAUAGCGAGAAUGAGGACCUCUCGGAUGACGACUGGGUCGGCGACGAUGAGGAUUUUGAUAGUGGAUAUGCUUGGUGA